AUGGAUUUGGAAGUGAGCAAGAAUGUUGGAAGUGGGGAAGGAAUCACUACUCCGAGGUGCAACUCGCGCCGAUUCGUGCCAUGGAAAGUGGAAACCGACGAUUCCGGUGCGAUCUCGCCGCCUCUGUGGAGGAACAGGAGCUCUAGUCCGUCGCUCCCCCUUCUCUCGCCGGAUUCGCGAGCUCAGGCGAUCGCGAGAGGGCGGUCGGAGCUCAUGGAGAUGGUGAGGCACAUGCCGGAAUCGUCGUACGAGCUCUCGCUCAAGGAUAUAGUCGAGCAUCAUCACAGAGCGGAGAAUCAAAUCGAAGGCGGUUCGGAUCGAGGAGGAGCGGCGACGGGAUUGAAGAAGGAAGAGAGCAGAAAAAUUGAGCGGAACAAAACUGUUGUUGUUGGUGGUGGUGGUGGGAGUGGGAGAGUUUCGCCGAAGCUGGAGGGGUGGAAGGGCGGUGGUGAGAGGGAUUGGUGGAAGAAGAAAUUUACGGGAUCAAGCAGCAGAACUAGUAAUACCAGCGGUGGCGGCAGCACCGGCUCUGGCGGUGGAGGAGAGGGGCGGUGGAAGAGAGGGGACCGGCUCCGGCGGCGGAGGAGAGGAGACUAG